CUUCCAACCCUAAUCUCAUCUGUUCACUCACUUCACCGAGACUGUGAAGAUAGAAAGUUUCGACAGAAAAACAGAGUUCUGCACCGGUGCCACCGCCUCCGCCUCCGCCUCCGCCUCCGCCUGCCUGCGUCCCGUCUGUUUCCGCCUGCUCCCGUCGCGUUUGAAAUUGUUUUAUUUGACUAGUAAACAGCUUUUGAAAUAAAUUUGGAAAUUGGAUUUAAUUUAGUGAUGCUGUGGAUGUUGUUAUCUAAGCUGCCAAAUGAACUGAUUUAGCCAUUUGAAAACCUCAAAGUUGGCUUACAUUUUUGUAUUUUUUAUGUAAAAUUAGGAUACCUCUCUACUUAUUUGUCAAUUGUCAAUGAUGAAGAGGGUAUGGAGAAUUCAUGAUGCUUUCCAGAAGGAAGCAAUUCUCCAAAAGUUCUCAUCAUGUUACACAAUCGGACGAGGUUCAGCUAAUACGUUGUGGAUCCGAGGAUUAGCAGGCAAGGCAUCAUCUUCUUCCCAACCCGCCGCCUGGCCACAUGUAUUUACUUUAUUUGCAGACAGGUGGAAUCCUGUCGAUUCGUUGGUCAACCAAGAUAUGAGAGAAAAAGUUUCACAUUUAAAGGAUGAAUUGUUAGCAUACAGUGGUGAUGCUGAAAAGUUUGAGAAAAUAUUAGCAGAUAAAGGGGAUUUGUUGUUUAGUAGGUAUGCAGAUGGUUCUGCGGUUGUUGAGCUCUUACAGCAGCUAAAAUCUUCGCCCGGACUAGCGCUCCAGGCUUUCGACUGGAGAAGAAGACAAUUGGAUUACCAGAAUCCCAUGACAGUUGAGGAGUAUUCCAAGGCUAUUGUUGUGGCUGGAAGGUUAAAGAAUGUUGAUCUUGCAGCCAAACUAUUCAAGGAGGCUUCCAACAAGCGACUCAAGUCGACCUCUUUAUAUAAUGCCCUUAUGACUGCAUAUAUGAUCAAUGGCUUGGCUGUUAAGUGUCAAUCAGUUUUUCGGGACUUGAAGAGGGAAGCAACAUGUACUCCAACUAUUGUAACGUACAACAUACUGAUCUCUGUGUUUGGAAGAUUAAUGCUGAUAGAUCACAUGGAGGCAACUUUACGGGAAAUAAAUGAUUUGGGUAUCUGCCCAAAUGUUGGUACGUACAACUAUUUAAUUGCUGGGUAUAUCACAGCGUGGAUGUGGGAUGAUGUGGAGAAGGCAUAUAGAAUCAUGAAGGCAGGAAGUAUCAAACCGGAUCUUACUACCCAUUUAUUGAUGCUUCGAGGAUAUGCACAUUCUGGUAAGUUGGAUAAUAUGGAAGAAAUCUAUGAGCUUGUCAAAGGUCAUGUUGAUCGACAUGGAAUCCCAUUAAUUCGAUCUAUGAUAUGUGCUUAUAGUAAAAGUUCUGAUGUAAAUAAAGUUCAAAAGAUUGAGGAAUUGAUGAGGUUGAUUCCUAAAGAUGAUUAUAGGCCUUGGUUGAAUGUCAUAUUAAUAUGUUUGUAUGCAAAGGAGGAUCUAUUAGAAGAGAUGGAAAAUUCAAUAAAUGAGGCAUUUAAAUGUAACACAUCCGUCACAACGGUUGGUGUCAUGCGUUGCAUCAUUUCAAGUUACUUCCGAAACAAUGCAGUGGACAAACUUGCUAAUUUUGUUAGCCGUGCAGAAUGUGCUGGUUGGAAAAUAUGCAGGUCCCUUUACCACUGCAAGAUGGUUAUGUAUUCAUCACAAAAGCGACUCAUUGAAAUGGAGAAAGUUCUUAGCGAGAUGGAUAAAGUGAAUUUGGACUUUUCAAAGAAAACACUUUGGAUAUUACUUAAAGCCUACAGAACUUGGGGGGAAAAGGAUAAACUUCAUCAGGUCUUGGGUAUAAUGUGCAGGCAUGGAUAUGGAAUUCCUAUAAAUGGAUGAAGUUGGUAGUUCAUAGUUCAAUUUCCUUCCAUCAUAGUUCUAUGACGGUUAACCCGAUUGUAGUUUUGUUGGAAUUUGGGAUUUUGAUGAAGCAGCAGAUGACACUCUAUUUUGUUCUUCUCCUUUGCUUGUUCCCUCUUGUUGCUGAUAAAAUUACAGGCUAAAAUCUCAAGUGAUGAAAGCAUUUCUAUGAUAUAGAAGAGUUAAUUCAAGCAUGCACGAACAACAUGUCUGCUUAUUGCCAAUAUAAUUCAAAUUGAGGGUAUUUUAGACUUCUCA